UUGAAAAAAGAACCGUAGGCGUUGAUUCGGGAUAGUUCGUGUUAGGAGGUGGGAGCGCCUUGCAUUGACUCGUGUGAACCCCGAAGCCGAUCGCCUCCUCUGACGUACCCCGCUAUUGCUCUAUCUCUUUUUGCCGUGGCAGCGGAAGUUUAAGGACCCGAGCAAACCAAGACUCAAACUCUCUCCAAAAUGGGAAAGGAAAAGGUUCACAUCAACAUCGUGGUCAUCGGCCACGUCGACUCCGGCAAGUCGACCACCACCGGCCACUUGAUCUACAAGUGCGGUGGUAUUGACAAGCGUACCAUUGAGAAGUUCGAGAAGGAGGCCCAGGAAAUGGGCAAGGGUUCCUUCAAGUACGCCUGGGUACUUGACAAGCUCAAGGCUGAGCGCGAACGUGGUAUCACCAUCGACAUUGCCCUGUGGAAGUUCGAGACUGCCAAGUUCUACAUCACCAUCAUUGACGCCCCUGGACAUCGUGAUUUCAUCAAGAACAUGAUCACUGGAACUUCUCAGGCUGACUGCGCUGUGCUGAUCGUUGCCGCUGGUACUGGUGAAUUCGAAGCCGGUAUUUCCAAGAACGGACAGACCCGCGAGCACGCUCUGCUCGCCUUCACCCUUGGAGUGAAGCAGCUCAUUGUUGGUGUCAACAAGAUGGACUCCACCGAGCCUCCUUACAGCGAGUCUCGUUUCGAGGAAAUCAAGAAGGAGGUCGCCAACUACAUCAAGAAGAUUGGUUACAACCCCGCCACCGUGGCCUUUGUGCCCAUCUCCGGCUGGCACGGCGACAACAUGCUUGAGCCCUCCGAGAAGAUGCCCUGGUUCAAGGGAUGGAAGAUUGAGCGCAAGGAGGGAAAUGCUGACGGCAAGUGCCUGAUUGAGGCCCUCGACGCUGUCCUGCCCCCCAGCAGGCCCACCGAAAAGCCCCUGCGUCUGCCCCUUCAGGAUGUCUACAAAAUUGGCGGUAUUGGAACAGUGCCCGUGGGUCGUGUGGAGACUGGCAUCCUGAAGCCCGGUAUGGUGGUGACCUUCGCCCCUGCCAACAUCACCACUGAAGUCAAGUCAGUGGAGAUGCACCACGAGGCCCUGACCGAGGCUCUGCCCGGUGACAACGUUGGCUUCAACGUUAAGAACGUCUCCGUCAAGGAAUUGCGUCGUGGAUACGUUGCUGGCGACUCCAAGAACAACCCUCCUAAGGGUGCUGCUGACUUCACCGCUCAGGUCAUUGUCCUGAACCACCCCGGCCAGAUCUCCAACGGAUACACGCCCGUGCUUGAUUGCCACACUGCUCACAUUGCCUGCAAAUUCUCCGAGAUCAAGGAGAAGUGCGACCGUCGUACCGGCAAGACCACUGAGGAUGCCCCCAAGUCCAUCAAGUCUGGUGAUGCCGCCAUCGUCAUCCUGGUCCCCACCAAGCCCAUGUGCGUUGAGAGCUUCUCGGAGUUCCCUCCUCUUGGACGUUUCGCUGUCCGUGACAUGAGGCAAACCGUGGCUGUCGGUGUCAUCAAGAGCGUGAACCCCAAGGACUUGAGUGCUGGUAAAGUCACCAAGGCCGCCGAGAAGGCCCAGAAGAAGAAAUAACUAGCUGAGAAGCCAGGCACGGUCCUGUCGUUUAAGCAGCGGCGACAAACAAAACCUACAUCAGCAACAUCCAUCAAAUUUGGCAUAGCGGGGGAGCCACCACCUUUUCUUCCGGGCCUGGGUACAUUUGUAACGACGGUUCCGCAACCUCUCUUCAGGGCACCCCGCCCUUCAAGCAGGGUCCGCUUCAGAUGCAGCCAGCCUCCCCUUCCUCUUUCUUCGAUCCUUGCCCUAACCCUGUUGCUCCUGCUUUUCCUCUCCAAAUGGCUCCUUAAACACUGUUGCCAUCGAAAAGAAUUUAGAAGGAAAGGCUGGCUAAACAGCUUAAUUUUCUCCCUAUUUUAAUUGUAUACCUGACUACGAAAGCAGUUUGUGUUGAAUCCUGUCACGUCGGCAACCCUGAAGAGAGGCUUGCAACAAGCCAAUCGCAUUUUGAUUCAUUAAGCUGGAAAAUUGAUUUUUUAAGUUCCAUUAUUAAAGAAUCGAAGAACAA